AUGGAUACUAGCAACCUCUGGGCCCGCCGCACAAACCCCGGCAAGCUUUCCCUUGCUACACCAAGUCAAGGGUCCAGUGGUGACACCUUCAGUCGCAAUGCUUCUUUCUCUAAGCGUCAAGGCGGCGAAACCCCAUCAUCGAUGAAACCGAACCCUUUCAACACUACACCUGGAGGUCUUGUAUCUCCUACUAGUGGCGCUUCCAGUGCAUUUGGUCUAGGCUCUGGAGCAUUUGCCUCGUUUGGAUCGGCUAAGACCCCUAAGACGUCGGGCAAUCCUUUCGAUUCGGCCAUGGCUUCAGCGGUUCCCAAGUCUGGUAUUAAGGACUCCUCCAAGGCCGCCGGAAAGGCUUCUGGUAUGGCCGCGAUUUCUGAGAACAACCAGUCCGGGGCACCUACGGCACCUCUUUCACAUCCGCUAGUACACCCGUGGACCUUCUGGUAUCGACCUCCGAUCUCCAAGGCACACGGCUACAUCGAGUACGAGAAGACGCUGCACGAAAUUGGUACCGUACGAACAGUGGAGGAGUUUUGGGAGAUGUAUGCCUACCUGAAGCGUCCUUCCGUACUUCCCGUCGUCUCAGACUUUCAUCUGUUCAAGAAGGGCAUCCGCCCAAUAUGGGAGGACGAUAUCAACAAGAAGGGCGGCAAAUGGGUCGUUCGGAUGAAGAAGGGCGUAUCUGACCGGUAUUGGGAAGACCUUCUUCUCAACCUGAUUGGCGACCAGUUUGGUGAGGCGGGUGAUGAAGUUUGCGGUGCUGUGUUGAGUGUGCGUAAUGGUGAGGACAUUCUUAGUAUCUGGACCCGAAACGAUGGUGGCAGAGUUAUUAAGAUUCGUGAAACCAUGAAGCAUGUCCUCAACUUCCCACCCAAUACUCGCGUUGAAUUUAAGAGCCACGAUUCCAGCAUCCAGCAACGGACAGCGAUCGAAGAGCAACGCCGCGAAAAGGCUGGUCAACACCAUCAUCACGACAAGCGCCACGCUGGCGGGGCUUCAAAGCAGGCAGCCGAGCAGUCUCAAUCAUAG